UCUCCUCACUUGGGAGCGCGCCUCAUCUCGGGAGCGCGCAUGAAAGAUCCAAGGACAGAGCGGCGGGCGCGUGAGCAUCGGGUCACCUGAAAGUCCUCCGCCAUCAAGAACCCGACCAGAACCAGGAGAACCUGAUCCAGUUUGACCUCUGGGGGUGGGGGGUGGGGGGAAUGAUCUGAACCAACAGAACCAGGCGGAACCGGAUCAGAGCCUCACUCUGGAAAAAAAAAAAAAAUCAAAACAAGGCAUCUCGGAACCGACCUGGACCGGAACCUCCCCGCGUCAUUCUGACAGAAACGAGGCGCCGAACCGGAGCGUGACCCGCCUGAUCCAGACUGGGAGGGGUACCGAGCAGACGGUGGAUCAACAGGACGGAACCAGAAGCAGGGUCUACAGCCGGACCAUGGAGCUGCGCGGCGUGCUGCUGCUGGCUGUGCUGCACUGCUGCUCAGUGGCGCUGUGCGGCUGCGAGCCCCGCCUGGUCAACGUGGGUGCUGUCCUGAGUCAGAAACGCUAUGAGCAGGUGUUCAAGGAGGCGGUGAGUCAGGCCAACGCUCUGUACGGGAAGGACAAGUUCAAGAUGAACGCCAUCUCUGUGACGCACAAGCCCAACGCCAUCCAGAUGGCGCUGUCCGUCUGCGAGGACCUCAUCUCCAACCAGGUUUAUGCCAUCCUGGUAAGCCAUCCUCCACAGCCCAAUGAUCACUUGACCCCCACUCCGGUGUCCUACACGGCCGGGUUCUACCGUAUCCCAGUGGUCGGCCUGACGACGCGCAUGUCCAUCUACUCUGACAAGAGCAUCCACCUGUCUUUCCUGAGGACAGUGCCCCCAUACUCCCACCAGGCACAGGUCUGGUUCGACCUGAUGAGAGAGUUCAGAUGGAACCACAUCAUCCUGAUCGUCAGCGACGACCAUGAGGGCCGAGCCGCCCAGAAGAAGCUUGAGACGCUGUUGGAGGAGCGUGAGACCAAGACUAAAAACAGGAACUAUGAAAACCUCGACCAACAGAACUUUGACUUCAGGAGAACUCCCAAGGCUGAGAAGGUGCUGCUGUUCACCCAGGAUACCAACCUGACUGCGUUGCUGCUGGAGGCUAAAGACCUGGAGGCUCGAGUCAUUAUCCUGUCAGCCAGCGAGGAUGAAGCUGCUGCUGUGUACAAAGCGGCCCGGCAGCUUAAUAUGACCGGUUCUGGCUACGUCUGGCUGGUGGGAGAGCGGGAGAUGAGCGGGAAAGCUUUAAGCGAAGCUCCUGAUGGCUUGCUGGGUCUUCAGCUGAUCAACGGGAAGAACGAGUCGGCUCACAUCACGGACGCCGUGGCCGUGGUUGCUCAGUCUCUGCAGGAGCUGUUUGAGAAGGAGAACAUCACAGAGCCUCCUCGAGGCUGCGUGGGGAACACCAACAUCUGGAGAACCGGGCCGCUCUUCAAACGGGUGCUGAUGUCAUCAAAGUACCCAGACGGCCUCACAGGACGGAUUGAGUUUAACGACGACGGCGACCGCCGCUUUGCCACCUACAGCAUCCUGAACCACCAGAAAGCAGGUCGAGUCGUCCAGGUUGGAGUCUUCAACGGCACGCAGGUGGUGAUGAACCCUCAGAGGAAGAUCAUCUGGCCUGGAGGAGAGACGGAGAAACCUGUUGGAUACCAGAUGUCCACCAGGCUGAAGAUUGUGACCAUUCACCAGGAGCCAUUUGUUUACGUGAAGCCAACGAAGAGCGAUGGGACGUGUAAAGAAGAGUACACGGUGAACGGAGUUCUGAUCAAGAAGGUGAUCUGCACCGGACCCAACGGGACCAUCCCAGGUCAGCCCACUGUCCCUCAGUGCUGCUACGGUUUCUGCAUCGACCUGCUCAUCAAGCUGGCCAUGAGCAUGAACUUCACCUACGAGGUUCACCUGGUGGCUGAUGGAAAGUUUGGCACACAGGAGCGAGUGAACAACAGCAACAAGAAGGAGUGGAACGGGAUGAUGGGGGAGCUGCUGGGCGGCCUAGCUGACAUGAUCGUGGCUCCCCUCACCAUCAACAACGAGCGUGCUCAGUACAUCGAAUUCUCCAAACCCUUCAAGUACCAGGGGCUCACCAUCCUCGUCAAGAAGGAAAUCCCUCGCAGCACUCUGGACUCGUUCAUGCAGCCGUUCCAGAGCACACUGUGGCUGUUAGUCGGUCUGUCGGUCCAUGUGGUGGCAGUGAUGCUUUACCUAUUGGACCGGUUCAGCCCGUUUGGAAGGUUCAAAGUUAACAGUGAAGAAGAAGAAGAAGACGCCCUCACCCUUUCCUCCGCCAUGUGGUUCUCGUGGGGAGUUCUGCUGAACUCUGGGAUCGGAGAAGGAGCUCCCAGGAGCUUCUCCGCCCGGAUCCUGGGGAUGGUGUGGGCCGGAUUCGCCAUGAUCAUCGUAGCAUCAUACACCGCCAACCUGGCAGCCUUCCUUGUGCUGGACCGGCCUGAGGAGCGCAUCACUGGCAUCAAUGACCCCAGGCUGCGUAACCCAUCAGAUAAGUUCAUCUACGCCACAGUGAAGCAGAGCUCGGUGGAUAUCUACUUCAGACGGCAGGUGGAGCUGAGCACCAUGUACCGGCACAUGGAGAAACACAACUACGAGAGUGCCGCUGAGGCCAUCCAGGCCGUCCGAGACAACAAGCUGCACGCCUUCAUCUGGGACAGCGCCGUGCUGGAGUUCGAGGCGUCACAAAAGUGCGACCUGGUGACGACGGGGGAGCUUUUCUUCCGCUCUGGUUUUGGGAUCGGCAUGAGGAAAGACAGUCCUUGGAAGCAGAACGUGUCUUUGGCCAUCCUCAGCUCUCAUGAGAACGGCUUCAUGGAAGACCUGGAUAAGACCUGGGUCCGAUACCAGGAGUGUGACUCCAGGAGCAACGCGCCUGCCACCCUAACCUUCGAGAACAUGGCAGGUGUGUUCAUGCUGGUCGCUGGCGGCAUCGUGGCAGGGAUCUUCCUCAUCUUCAUCGAGAUCGCCUACAAGCGUCAUAAAGACGCCCGCAGGAAGCAGAUGCAGCUGGCCUUCGCUGCCGUCAAUGUGUGGAGGAAGAACCUGCAGGAUAGGAAAAGUGGUAGAGCAGAGCCCGAGCCCCAAACCUCUUUUAGGUCCAUCACUUCGACCUCCGACCUCAAACGCCGUUUGGCCCCCGGGGACCCCACGCCGUACCCGACGGACAUCACCGGCCAGCUCAACCUAUCGGAUCCAUCCGUCAGCACCGUGGUCUGAGAGGCGCCGGGUCCAAACGGGCCUCAUUGCUGUUGCUGAGCCACACACACAGCUGUGUUUCCAUGACUUAUGGGGACCUGUCAUUGACUUACAUUCAUUUUAAACGGCCUAACCCACCUAAUAAGGACAUAGGUCCCCAUGAUGUGACUGUAAACAGUCCCCACAUCGCCGUUAAAACAAGCGCCCCCUCCCACACACACACACACACACCACCCACCCGCCUUGCUCCGCCCACAGCUUCCUGGAACCAGAUGGUCUUUUAUUUUGAAAGAACUUCUGAUCUCUCCGGC